GCCAAUCACAGUGGCCUUUUACCACGUGAUCAGCCAUGUCCAAUGACACAGCAGAUCACCGCGCAGUGAUGAUCAGUGCCCAGCAGUGCCACCACCAGUGCCGCCCAUCUGUUCCCAGCAGUGCCUCCUACAAGUGCCCAGCAGUGCCACCCACCUGUGCCCAUCAGUGCCUCCCACCUUUGCCCAGCAGUACCACCCACCUGUGCCCAGCAGUGCCGACCACCAGUGCCCAUCAGUGCCGCCCAUCAGUACUGCCCAGCAGUGCCACCCAUCAGUGCCCAGCAGUGCUGCCAGUCAGUGCCACCCAGCAGUGCUGCCUAUCAGUGCCCAUCAGUGCUGCCUAUCAGUGCCCAUCAUUGUUGCAUAUCAGUGCAACCUCAUCA